GGGUUCGACUGCCGUAGGAUUUAGACGGGUUCAAUUUCCAACUCGACCCGCUAGAGCCCAUCCCUCUCAGCCCUAACUGGCCGCAGCCGCCACGAAAAAAAGUAGUCGGAGAAGAGAGAGAAAAGCUCCAUUUCGAUUUCAUCGGAGCUCACCCAAGAAGAAGAAAGGGAAAGCUUCUCUCUCUCGCUCUCUCUCUCUCUCCUCUUUCCCGCAGACAUGUGCGGGAUCCUCGCAGUCCUCGGAUGCGUCGACACGUCGCUGGCCAAGCGAUACCGCAUCAUCGAGCUCUCUCGGAGGUUGAGGCAUCGAGGUCCUGACUGGAGCGGGCUGCAUUGCCAUGGCGACUGCUAUCUUGCGCACCAGCGGCUUGCUAUCAUGGACCCUGCUUCUGGUGAUCAGCCCCUCUUCAAUGAGGACAAGACGAUCGUCGUCACGGUUAAUGGAGAAAUAUACAAUCACGAAGAGUUGAGAUUGAAGCUUAAGUCCCACAAAUUCAAUACUGGCAGUGACUGUGAAGUGAUUGCCCAUCUCUAUGAGGAGUAUGGAGAGGAUUUUGUGGAUAUGUUGGACGGAAUGUUCUCGUUUGUUCUUCUUGAUACUCGUGACAAAAGUUUUAUCGCUGCUCGUGAUGCUAUCGGCAUUACUCCGCUUUACAUGGGUUGGGGUCUUGAUGGGUCAAUUUGGUUUGCAUCAGAAAUGAAAGCUUUGAGUGAUGAUUGUGAACGAUUUAUAUCAUUUCCUCCUGGCCAUAUAUAUUCCAGCAAAACUGGCGGACUACGGAGGUGGUACAAUCCACCAUGGUUCUCGGAACAUAUACCAUCAACUCCUUACGAUCCUCUAGUUUUACGUGAUGCCUUUGAAAAGGCUGUGGUCAAGAGGCUCAUGACUGACGUGCCAUUCGGAGUGCUCCUUUCUGGUGGCCUUGACUCAUCACUUGUUGCUGCUGUUGCUUCAAGGUACCUUUCAGAGGCCGAAGUUGCCAGACAGUGGGGAUCUCAGUUGCAUACAUUCUGCAUUGGUCUGAAGGGUUCCCCCGAUCUCAGAGCUGCUAGAGAAGUUGCAGAUUAUCUUCACACUUAUCAUCACGAGUUCCAUUUUACAGUGCAGGAGGGCAUUGACGCACUUGAAGAAGUUAUUCACCACAUAGAAACAUAUGAUGUGACCACUGUUCGAGCAAGCACCCCAAUGUUUCUGAUGUCACGUAAGAUUAAGUCCUUGGGUGUAAAGAUGGUUCUUUCUGGAGAAGGUUCAGAUGAGAUUUUUGGGGGUUAUCUUUAUUUCCAUAAAGCACCUAACAAGGAAGAGUUUCAUCAGGAAACCUGUCGAAAGAUCAAAGCUCUUCAUCUGUAUGAUUGCUUGAGGGCCAACAAAUCAACGUCAGCAUGGGGUUUGGAAGCUCGUGUUCCAUUUUUGGACAAAAAUUUUCUCAAUGUAGCAAUGGCUAUUGAUCCCGAAUGGAAAAUGAUAAGGCCUGACCUUCGCCGGAUCGAGAAAUGGAUCCUGCGCAAUGCCUUUGAUGAUGAGAAGAAUCCUUAUUUACCAAAGCACAUUCUUUACAGGCAGAAGGAACAAUUCAGUGAUGGAGUAGGUUAUAGUUGGAUCGAUGGCCUGAAGAACCAUGCAAAUCAACAUGUUUCAGAUGCCAUGUUAAUGCAUGCAAGCUUCGUUUACCCUGAGAAUACUCCUACGACAAAGGAGGCAUACUACUACCGUACCAUAUUUGAGAAGUUCUAUCCAAAGAAUGCUGCAAGGUUGACAGUUCCAGGAGGUCCAAGCGUAGCAUGCAGCACUGCCAAAGCCGUAGAAUGGGAUGCCUCAUGGUCAAAGAAUCUUGAUCCUUCUGGUCGCGCUGCACUCGGAGUUCAUGCUGAUGCUUAUAAAGAGGAAAACCUAGAAAAGAAUCCAGCUCCACAAAUCUCGACUGCACCGAAUGACUUACCUCCAAAACAAGCAGUGGCAGAGGCAGCAGCCAUGGCAGCUGUGUGAUCUAGAGAGUUUCAUUGCUUUGCCUCUUCUCUCAUUUGAUGAUUGAUUGUUUGUUUGGGGUCAUUUGGUGUUGUAACCUAAGAUAGGAAGUGCAGAAUUUUAAUUAUGUGGUUAAAUAAGCUUGAUCUAGGGAUUUCUUGUUGUUUACGGGUGUUUUGUUUGCAUUGUAAAUAUCCAGUGGAAUCUCUUAAUUUACCAGCAGGGUCGCUUAAUGUCAGGCAGUCGUUUAUGUGAUAUUCUGAACUGAAGUUUUCCUAUGACAUUAGCAGUGGAAAUAAAUAAACAAAUUCCUUGUGUCGAGUUUAA